AUGGUGGCGUCGAGCACCGGAAGCGGCGGAACUGGGCGAGUGGUCGCCGGGCGGCCUUCGCGCAAGCGCAAGAUCGUUUCGUACCGUAUCGACGACGACGACGACGACGACGACAGUGGCGCGAGUGAUGACGGCUCGUUCUCGGACUCGGUGGCAACCAAGCAUCCGGCGAGUAAGAAGGCUCGGCGGCGGCGGGUGGUGGACUCGGACUCGGACGACUCGGACGAUGAGGAGUUUGUGCUCGAUCCAGCCGAGCUGGCGGCCGACGAGGAGGAGGAAGCCGAAGCCGACGCGGCCAUGCUCGCGGAUCCCGAGACGCUCAAGGGGCUCGAGGAGGCGGCGGCAGCCAGCCCCGAGCCAGUUGAUGAGGCUUCCUCGGACGAUCUUCCACUGAGCGCGAUGGUGCCGAUGGAUGUGGUGCCGGUCCGCAAGUCGUCGUCUGCGUCGUCGUCGGCGUGGGGUGGGCUCUCGACCAAGGCAGCCAAGCGCGCGGAGCGCAAGACCAAGUUUGCGGCGGCCAAUAAGGACCGGUUCGCGUUCCUUGUUGACGUCCGCGAUGGCGCACAGCGGCGGCCGUCACACCCCGACUACGAUCCGUCGACGCUCUACAUCCCGCCCAAGUACUUUGAUGCCAAGUCCAAACUCUUUACUGGGUUUGAGAAACAGUACUGGGCCAUCAAGAAGGACUACUUUGACACGGUGGUCUUUUUCAAAAAGGGCAAGUUCUACGAGGUCUUUGAGGGCGAUGCCGACAUCACACAUCAGGUUCUUGAUCUCAAGCUCACCGAGCGGGUCAACAUGCGAAUGUGCGGCGUGCCCGAGAUGCACUUUCAGAAGUGGGCGGCCCAGCUGGUGGCGCUCGGGUACAAGGUCGCCCGGGUCGACCAGGUCGAAACCAAGAUUGGAUCGGACCUCGCCCGCAAGGAUGGCUCCAAGGCCAAGGGCGCCAACCUCAUUCGCCGCAAGCUGACUCAAGUCCUUACUGCUGGCACGCUUGUCGAGGACGAGCUUCUGGCGUCGCCGGACGCGGCGUACCUCUUGGCGAUUGCCGAGGUGCCAGCACACGGCAGCGGUAGCGGCGCGCCUGCGACAAGCCACACUCUCGGCGUCGCCUUUGUCGACUGCGCCACCGGCAAGUUCUACGCCACCCAACUCAACGACAACGAGCAUCUGACUCUGCUGGAGACGCUGCUUGUGCAGAUCAAGCCUAAGGAGGUACUCCUUGCCCGCGGCGAGACGUCCAAGCCCGUCGCGGCGCUGGUCAAGGUUCACGUCCCGCGGCGCGACGCGCUUGUCCUCCUCGAUGCGGAGCGGCAGUUUUGGGACGCGAGCGCGCGGGCGAGCUGGCUCGCCGCGUCCGUCGAGGAGGUGCCUGCCGAGCUGACCGCACUCCUGGACGGGCCAGCCGAGCGGAGCUCGGCGCUCGGCGCGCUCUUUUACUACCUCGACAAGCUCAAGCUCGGCCCGUCACUGGUGGCACAGGGCGUGUUUGCCGAGUACGACAUUGUCAAGUCGUCGACGUCGCUGGUCAUGGACGGGCAGACGCUGUACAACCUCAACGUGCUCAACAACUCGCACGACGGCUCGACGCGCGGCACGCUGCUCGAGCUCACCCAGUUCUGUGUCACGCCGUUUGGCCGCCGGCGCUUCCGCCACGAGCUGGCGUAUCCGCUGGUCAAGGUGGAGGACAUCCGGGCGCGGCAGGCGGCGGUCGAGGUCCUCCGCUCUACCGAUGAGCACCUUGCGGCGCCGCUCGAGGGAAUGCUCAAAAGCCUGCCGGAUCUGGAGCGGCUGACGUCGCGGGCGGCGGCCAAGGCGUGUCCAAUGCACAAGUUUGUGGCGCUGCUGCAGGCUUUUGAGACGGUCUCGACCUUUAUGGCGUCGACGUUUGGGACGCCAGGGACACCGGGCGCGGCCGCGGCGGCGAGCUCGCCGCUCCUCACCUCGCUCCUCAGCGUCGGCGUCGACGACCUCGCCGCGGGCGUUGCCCACUUUCGGGCCGCCUUUGACUGGGAGGCGGCGCUACAGCAGGGCUCGAUCUCGCCGCGCCCGGGCGUCCACGCGCUCUUUGACGAACUCAACGCUGAGAUCAAGAGCAUCAACAGCAAGCUGGAGAGCCACCUGAAGGAAGUCCGCUCCUCGCUCCGCGUCUCAGGAGUCGAGUACAAGCACCUCAACAAGGAAGCAUACCAGAUCCAGGUCCCGGCGUCGACAACCGUCCCGGCCAACUGGAUCCUCCGCUCCCAGACCAAGGCUGUCAAGCGGUACUGGUCGCCGUUCCUCGCUGAGCUCCUCCCGCAUCGUGACGAGGUGCUCGAGCGGUUUGCGCAGACGCAGGUGGUGCUCCUCAAGCACUUUCUGGGAGAAUUUGAGGCCCGGCAGGCCGUCUGGCGCCGCGCCAUCGACAAGCUCGCUGCCCUCGACGUCCUCAUCUCGCUCAAGACCUUUUCGCGCGCCCUCGCUGAGCCCAAGUGCCUGCCGACUGUCACGGCGCACGAGGCCGGUGCCUCGUCCGUCCCGCAGCUCGCCAUCUCGGAGCUCCGCCAUCCGUGCGUCAAGGUCUCGAUCGCCUCGUCAUUCAUUCCCAACGACGUGGUCGUCGGCGGCGACGGUCCGGGCGUCAUCCUGCUCACCGGGCCCAACAUGGGCGGAAAGUCGACGCUCCUCCGCUCUGUCGCCGUCGCCGUCAUUCUCGCCCAGAUGGGCGCGUACGUCCCGGCCGCAGUCAUGACGCUCGCCCCAGUCGACCGCAUCUUUACCCGCAUCGGCGCCCACGACCACAUCAUGCGUGGCCAAUCCACGUUUAUGGUCGAGCUCCUCGAGACCGCCGCCGUCCUCCAGCACGGCACCGCGUCGUCGCUGGUCAUCAUGGACGAGCUUGGCCGUGGUACCUCGACCUUUGACGGUUACUCGAUCGCCUACGCCGUCCUCUCGGAGCUUCUCAACGGGCUCGGCGCUCGCACCCUUUUCUCGACCCACUACCACGCGCUCUGCGAAGAGUUCUCGACCACGCCGGGUGUCUCGCUCCAGCACAUGUCUUGCUACGUCGACGAGGAGGCUGACGAGGUGACCUUCCUCUACAAGCUUGCCCCAGGCGUCGCCUCCAAGUCGUACGGCAUGAACGUGGCCAAGCUCGCCGGCGUCGCAGACUCGAUCGUCGCCCGGGCCACAGAGCUUGCCCAGGACUUUGAGUCGUCGUCGCCCAUGUACCACUUCCGCGCCGAGUACUCGAGCCUCACUGCCGACCAGCGCCAGCUGUUCAAGCAGCUUGCCGCCGCGCUUGCGCCGGCCGCAGCCGCGCCUUCACACUAA